AUGCCUUCAAUGUACGGAGGGAUCGAAGAGGAGAUCUCAUGGGAGAGGAGGAGAUUGUUGGACAAGCAUAAUCAAAAGCAAGAUGGAUCGCUCUGGCUUCAUGCUCUCAUGACGAAACAUGAGGAGUCAAGACAGCAGCGUACCUUGUUGGAAGUGCAGGUACGCCAAGGAAACCUCGCGCUGCAGCAGAGAAUGGGAGAGGAAGGCUUUCGGCUCCUCAUCGCGUGCGGAUACAGCAAGAAGGUCGAUCGUCACAGUGGAGAGGUAUUGUACCAGGUCGACAAACUAGACAAGGAAAUGUUCCUCAAAAUAGAGCGUGUUCUACUCGCAGCUGCUUUCUAUGGGCAGGAAUGGAUGCGUUAUGAGUACUCCUCGUGGUUCUCCACCUUCUCCGAGGAUGAGUUGGAGACCAGCACCAUGCGCGUGCCCGUCGAGGACCGUGCUGCCCCCUCCCUCCCAAGGGAGCACGUCGCUGCCAAGAGGCGAGCGGAGGAGCUUGAGGGCGUGCGGGCAGGCACAGCGGCGGGACAUACUGCUUUCUCGGGGUGGAGCAAGUGGCAGGAGAGCUCGCUGAAGAAGGCGAAACUUCUGCUGGAACAGGAGGAGGAGUUGACUCUCGUGAAGAACGCCAUCGAGAGCCUGCGGUCUCGUCUCAAGCUUCAGGCGAGCAAGAGGGCCAACGUGCGACCAACGGGUUUGAGCGCACGACAAGCCGAAGUGUCAGAGGAGGGAGGAGACAAGUUGAACGCAAUGAAAGAAACGUGCGGGCGGCUGCAAGAAGAGCUUGCGAAGCUGAGGAUCGACGCGGUGAAGGCAGCGCAAGAGCGCUCACGAGUGCAGGAGGAGGAAGCCAAGCUGUCAAGAUUGGAGAAGGAGGCACGAGAGCGUGUCAUGGACAUGGAUGAAGAGAUGGCGGGAGGUCAAGACCGCCUGCAGUCCUUGCAGCUGGAGCUGGAGGAGGAGGCGAGCAGGAUGGAUCUAAUCUUCGAGAGUCUGCGGGACAGGGUCAAGUUUGCUGCUGUGGAGAAGGGGAAGGAGGCGAACGUGAAGGAGGCGAACGAAGAGCUGGAUAUCUCCUCCCGCAAGUGCGCGAAGCUGAAGCAGCAGCUUCUCCUGCUCGAGCAGAAGAAGGAAAGUCACGAGGAAAAGAAGCGCAAGGAGGAGGCGCGUCACUCAGAGCUGCUGGAGAGGAUGGAGGAGCUGAGCGCGAGGUUACAGGCCUGCGAGGAGGAAGAGGAGGCGAUUCUGAGCAGGAGCGCGGCUUUCAGGGCAGAGGUGAAGGAGGCGACGGAUCAGCUGCUACUCAUGAUCCCUCACGGGGGGGGGCAGGCGCCUCCCCCGUCCUCUCGAUUGCCGCCGAAGGCAAAGAAAGAGACGGAGGGGGAAGCGAGCGGCGUCAUAGGAGCGGAGAAGGUGGGGAGGAUGAAGGAGGAGGAGACAGGGAGCGUGCCUGGUUGGGUUGUCGAUCAGAAGCGCAAGCCUGGUUGGGUUGUCGAUCUUGAGAGCAGCAUAGCGACGUCUGUUGGCCAUCUGGAAGCGUCGGUGCGAAACCUGACAGCGACGCUCUUCAGAUAUUCAAUGGAACAGCAAGAUAAGUCCAUCGCUAAUUUGUCGCACACGACCAACUCCUCCUCCUCCUCCUCCUCCUCGAUCGCAGGACAGCCGAGUGUACAUCCUCGACCUCAAAGCUCCACGUGGGAAACAUGGAGGAGGGGAGAAACAGCAGCAGCAUCGCUGCCACGAAGGGAGGAAAUUAGCCGUGCCGGGAGCAGUGCUGAACUACAGCAUGAGCUUCAACUUGCAAAGUUUCGCCUACAGGAGGCAGAAAAUCAGAUAGGAAGACUGGAGGCAGAGGUACGGGAUCUGCGCCGCAUGAGGGAGGAUAAGCCAAGAGAGGACGCGGCGAGUCUGCAGGAGAGGCUGCAGCAGACGACUUCUGCUCUCCUCGAAGCAAAAGACAAUGCCACAAAAACACACCAGAAGCUCGACGCUCUGCGCGAAUGGGUCGCACAAAAAUGGCCUCUAGCAAUGAACGCUGCAGAAUCCUCCUCCUCCUCCUCCCCGGAGCUAUCGAGGACCAUUCGUCCUCCCUUACCAGACCUGCAUGCUCCUCCUUCCCCCGAGCUUCCAUUCCUCGCCCGUUCAGAACAGCAGGAGCGGGUGAAGGCGCAGCAGUGGGGAGAGGUCGAGCAACUGCUGUACUCGAAGGACGCGAAGGACGAAGAAGAAGCUCGGACGGAGAAGCAGAACUCUCCUGCUACGCCCGACAAGGACGAGGGGCCCCUGAUGUCGGCGGUCCCUCUCUCCGAGACCACGUGGGCUCAGCCGGCACCAGAGGACGCACAACCCCUCCAACCCCCUGAAGAUCACACCCUCCUCGUAGAGGUGGAGCCGCGCAGUGGAGAGGAGCCGAUGGUGGGGCGGGAGGACAGCAGCAAGGCAGUGUUGGAGGUCGAGCUGGUGGGGGAGCCGCAGGCGCUGCUGCUGGGGAGGUGGACGAUGCACUCGGAGGCGUCAGGAAGGAUGCGAGCGCUGAAGCUGGUCAACAUCGCGAGCUCGCAGCUCAGAGACGCGUCUGUCGACCCGCUAGGAGGCUACACCCCUCACUCCCUGAGGACACUGAUGAGCCCUUGCUUGCUGUUCUGGGGAGGACCGUGGGAGGUGUCGGGAUGUGAGGUCGCCGUGCGCUGCUUCAGCUCUAGCGACGUGAAGCUCGAGCUCUGCGGGGUGGGAGGACUAGGGGCAGGAGAGGAAAUGGCGUCGUUUGCUGUCUCCGUGCAGGAGAACGGAAAGUGUUUGAUCCGACACUGCGUGAUAGACAAGACAGCGCCAGUCAGAGGACGAGGAAUCUGCUUCCGAGACAACAGCUUCGGGGAAGUGAUCUCCUCAGUCGUUCGGGACAACGCGCAUGGCAUCUGCAUCGGAGGAAAGAGCAUCGUGAGCAUCGCCAAGUGUCGCUUCUCCUUCAAUCAGAUGAGCUCCAUCAUGUUCCUCCAAGGAUGCGAAGCCUCCAAGGUGCGGAUCGAGCAGAACGUGGGGAGGACGAGAGGUUCCUUGCUGGUCCAUGUCGACCAAGCGAGCUGCUGCUGA